AAAAAAAAAAAAAAAACGGAAAACAUUUCGUCGCUUCUUCUCCCUCUCUUCUGCAUCAGUCUAGGCAAAAAUAGAGAACCCUAGUCGAGAAUAGGGUUUGAAGGAAAACUUAAACCCCUCGAUCAUGAAGACCAAGAAUCCACUGGGCCAGCUCAAGCUCGCGGUGCCCUGUCAAGAAAAGCCAGUAACGGAUUUCUUGACGGCGAGCGGGACGUUCCAGGACGGGGAUUUACUGCUCAAUAAGCAAGGGUUGAGAUUAAUAUCUGAAGACAGCAGCAGCCAGCCGCCAGAUGUUAAAGAUGUGGAUGCGCAAUUCACGAUGGAGGACUUUGAGACUGUUAAAAUUAUUGGAAAAGGAAGUGGCGGUGUUGUUCAACUUGUUCGGCACAAAUUUACAGGAGCUUUGUUUGCCUUGAAGGGUAUCCAGAUGAAUAUUCAGGAGACAGUCCGCAAACAGAUUGUCCAAGAGAUUAAAAUAAAUCAAGCCUCACAAUGUCCCCAUGUUGUUGUUUGUCGUCAUUCAUUCUACCAUAAUGGAAUUAUAUCUCUUGUCCUCGAAUACAUGGAUCGUGGUUCUCUUGCAGAUAUAAUCAGACAAGUCAAUACAAUUCUUGAGCCUUAUCUUGCAGUUCUCUGCAAACAUGUUUUGAAAGGUCUUGUGUAUCUUCACCAUGAAAGACGUGUAAUUCAUAGGGAUAUAAAGCCAUCCAACUUGUUAGUGAAUCACAAAGGCGAAGUAAAGAUAACCGACUUUGGUGUGAGUGCAGUGCUUGGUAGCUCCAUGGGGCAGCGAGAUACAUUUGUGGGUACCUACAAUUAUAUGGCGCCUGAGCGGAUUAGUGGAGGUUCAUAUGAUUUUAAAAGUGAUAUUUGGAGUUUGGGUCUUGUUAUACUUGAGUGUGCUAUAGGCUGUUUUCCUUAUAGGCAGAUUGGAAAUGACGAAGGCCCAUUGAGCUUUUAUGAGCUUCUAGAAUCUAUUGUAGAAGAACCACCACCUAGUGCUCCAUCAGAUCAAUUCUCACCGGAGUUCUGUUCAUUCAUAUCUUCUUGCAUUCAGAAAGAUCCUCAUCAUAGAAUGUCCAGCUUGGAACUUCUGAGUCAUCCAUUCAUUAAGAAGUUUGAGGACAAAGACAUUGAUUUAGGGAUCCUUGUCAACAGCUUAGAUCCUCCUGUAAAUUUUCUCGACUAGGACAUUGCUACAUGAAUAUUUCUUUGCAAAAUGAGCUUUACAACCAUAAAUAGAAAUGAAUGGUGAUGUAUCACUAUGGAAUCAUAUAAGGACUUCGAAAAUUAGCUUCUUGGAUGUGACUUGGGCAUGCAGGUCUAACAUUUUUGUCAA